AUGGGAGAUAAACUUUCGAAUGAUAUACCUCAAUCAAAUGUAACUCCUGAAAGUUAUCUUAGCGACGUUCAAAAUUCAGUAAAUCAGUUAACUUGUUUUAGAGAAAUUACAGAACCAGAAAUAUUAGGUUUACUUCAGGGAUUGGUUGCCUCUAAAGCAUCCGGCAUCGAUGGAAUUUCAGCCAAAAUUUUGAAAAUCGCAGCUCCAUCAAUUACUCCAUCCAUUGUAUCAAUUUUUAAUCAAUCAAUCGCAACUGGUAUAUUCCCAUCUGAUUGGAAAGUCGCUAGGGUAGCUCCAAUACACAAAACAGGAGCUAAGCACGAUAUGGAAAAUUACAGACCGAUAUCUGUUAUUUCAAUUAUAGCGAAGAUCAUGAAGAAACUGAUACAUAAUCAAUUAUAUGACUAUCUUAUAGCUUCAAACCUACUAACAAAUUCCCAACACGGCUUUAGACCAUGUCAUUCAACAACCACAGCUCUAUUAGAUAUUACUAAUAGAUGGUACCAAAACAUGGACGUAGGACAAUUAAAUGGAGUUGUAUUUUUAGAUUUAAAAAAGGCCUUUGAUACUGUUGACCACAACAUUCUUCCAAAAAAAUUAAAAAUUGAUGGCAUAAAAGGCAUGGCACUCUGUUGGUUGCGAUCAUAUCUAUCAGACAGAAUCCAAUAUUGUCAAAUAAAUGGUCACCUGUCAGACCCCCUAACCGUGAAGACCGGAAUACCACAAGGCUCGGGAUUAGGCCCAUUAUUGUUUUUGAUCUAUAUUAAUGAUUUUCCAAAAUGUUUAAGACACACUAGACCAGAUAUGUUUGCCGAUGACACCCAAAUUGCAACAUCUAAUAGCGAUAUCAAUGUGAUCUUAGAGAAUCUUAACACAGAUUUAAUAAAUGUUUCCACUUGGAUGUCAGCUAAUAAAUUAACUUUGAACAAUAAAAAAAACGGAGUUCAUGGUUAUAGGUAG